GAUUUUGGUUCUUAACUUGCCCGACAGGCAAGUGCUGUUUUUUGUGGAAAUUCAAAUUGCGGAAGGAUUGUAAUCAAUCCUGCUAAUCAAACAGGGUUUUGGUGCUGGUUGAAAUGACUUGUGGGGUAGUACAUACUAGCUACAGCUUGCCCGAAUGGCAGGCUGUAAAAGUGACUGUUUUUGCACCAUGUAGCAUGUAUCCACCUUAUGAACAACUGAGGCCAGAAUGUCAGUGUUUAAUGACUGAACGUUCAUGACUCUGAUACCAAUGAAAUUAUUUUCUUUACACUAAGAUGUACACAACAGAGAUGUUUUUCGUAAAAAUAGCAACACACAGAAUCAAAUAUAAUGAUCUCACCUCUCCUUUCGCGAGCCGCCGACAUGUGACUUCUCAUGAUUCCCCAAAAUGGAAAGCUUGCUCGCAGACCAAUAUCACAUCAGAAUCGUAAUCUGUGAAUACUUACUUACCACUGAAUCUUGAAUGGUAUGAAGUUGCUGAAUGUUACAUGCUGUCUUGCAGGUGCUGGCACUUUGUUCCUGUACACAUCUGUGUACACUCCCAUGAAGCGACUGAGUAUUCUGAACACAUGGGUAGGGUCAGUAGUGGGUGCCCUGCCUCCCUUGAUGGGCUGGGCAGCCUGUACAGGAGGCCUAGACAUGGGUGCACUGGUUCUUGCAGGAAUUUUGUAUUCUUGGCAGUUUCCACAUUUUAAUGCCCUCAGCUGGAAUCUAAGGGCUGAUUACUCCAGAGGUAAGUCUUUCAAAGUGAGUUAUUUGCUCGAUUUAUUCCAUUGUGGAGGUUGGACUUUGGAGUAAACCAUUUAAUGCAAUUGAAUGUUGGGGACUGAAAAAAAAUAAGGCUUGCUUGUGUUGAAUAGCUGGCAAUGUAGGGGUUCAAGGUUUGGUCUGAAAACGGGUGUGGAAAAUGACAUUUUUUGGUCUGAUAUAGGGUCAGGAUUUGGAGAACUGGGCUGCACACCCCUACCAAGAAUUCCCAGGAGUACCCUCCCCCCCGGUCGAAUUUCCCUUCAACCUUAUUGGCAAAUUGACAAUGGCUUUUUUAACGGGCCAAUCCUAGUGUUUACUCAACUGCUGAUACGUAGGUUAGAACCCGUAACAAGGAUUUCGGCGCUUUUCCGUCUGCGGCGGGACAUUCCAGAAACGGGCCCCAUAACAGGAAAUCUUUUUAUCGUUGCUAAUUUGAAACUCUUCAGUAACUCAUCUUUUUCCAUGUAGCUGGUUAUCGGAUGAUGUGUGUCACAAAUGCGCCAUUGUGUCGCCGGGUCACGUUAAGACACUGUUUGGCUCUAGUUGGCCUCACAACACUGUUACCCGUGUGUGGAGUUACAACAUGGUGGCUGGCAUUGGACUCUUUACCGCUGAACUUGUGGAACGCUUACCUGGGUUAUAAGUUUUAUAAGGACUCUGAUAACAGAUCAGCACGGAGACUGUUCAGGCUCAGUUUGAUCUACCUGCCCAUUCUCAUGCUAAUGAUACUCAUUCAUAAAAAGCCAAGAACUGAACAAGAGGAAGUAGUUGCGGCACAGGCAAUCAGUUAGCUGUACACUUAUCUCGUACCCAGAUCUCUUGUCGGGGACGAGAUUAGCUACGGUCGUUUUCGCCUACGAGUCGUUUCGCCAACGUCCUGUUCGCUAAAGUCUUAAGUCGUUUCGUUAACGUGUUUGGUCAGUUCCCUAACUUCUUAACCCUCAUCAGCGGCUUAAAGAACUAGGGAUACACAUGUGUAUCGCUCCUUUUCGAGGAUUUUCAGCGCUCGUUUCGUUUCUUAAGCGGAACAACUUAGGACGUCAUUGAACGGGGCGUUGGCGAAGCGACCGGUCCAGCACUGUACACGGUAUGGCUUUCUUGAUGGCACGGUUUAUGGGCAAUAUUCAAGUGUAUGUGCCUUUUUUUGCUGAAGAAAGGCUCUCAACGUCGCGGUGUUAUCGUUAAAAAUGGUUGGUUUUAACUAGACAGUUCACAACACUCCGUUUUCUAGUAGUUUGUCCGGAUUCGAUGGCACGCGAACUGGAUGCAAGUGUAAAAGUGGAGUGCAAAAGUUUAAGUGGGGUUAGGCAUGACCCCAACACGCACGUCGCCCUUGUAACACGCGUUGCCCUCGCUUUGCUCGUAGUUGGUCGCGUACCUUCCAGUUUGCUUUGAGAAAACAGAGAUGCUGUGAACAGUCCAAGUUUUAACGUGCCUGAAAGUGAAAGUGUUUCAAUAGCCCACAUCGUUGAUGCGACUUUGUACUUCUAAUCGAGGAAAUCACCUUCACUUUACAUUACUGAAUAUAUUUCUUCACAGGGUAACGCGCGUGGCAGACGUUUCAAGGGAACAGAAAAGGAAAAUAAAAUUGCGCGAGAACACCCUUCAUGCACUCGCGCUCCUUCAAACGCCUGCCACGCGCGCUUCGUGUAAAUAGUAGGGAGCUUGGGCAAAGACGUUUUUGAGCGACCCCCGUCAACCGGAAGUGGACUUUCUGCAUUCUUGGGCAGUAGUUUUGCCCAAACGUUCGGGUGAAUCUUCGGCAGAUUUGUUGCCUCCAGGCAUAUUAAAAGGAAAAAAGGCCCUGAUUUCUGGUUGUCUUGGGUUACUCAAAAACGCCUUUUCUCAAGCCCCCUAAGGACAGGCAGAGAGGUCGAAGCUUUCAGUCAAAAUCGACAAAUCACAGUAUUUAUUAGUUUCGGGUUUAAGAGAAGGCUUGCUCUCUUAACUAACUGGAAAGUGACUUCUUGCCGUCAAGGCAUUCACAUCCCACUCCUUAUGAGACGUAUUUUCUGUCCUUUUGUUCCUUUACAGAUCGUUUUAAAUUGGCCAAUCGUAGUGUUUAAACCGGCUUUGACCCUAUUACUUAUAAAACUGAGCUGUUAAGUAUUGUUCAUGAAAAAAUAAUUAUAAUAAUUGGUGUUGAUAUUUCAAAUAACUUUUUCCAGAGUGGUUUAUAACAGUAUUUUUACUUCUAAAAUUUACAGAGCAUAAUAAUUAAUGUGCGGAUGGUAAAUGUAACACCUUUGUUGUACAAAACAAUUUUGAUGCGAUUUUUAAAAUUGUAUUUCAGUUGAUGUCGUUCGACAAUUUUAGAGUGCAACGUUAUUUAUACUGCAAAACAGUUUGUGUUUUUACCAUAUGGCUGGGUCCGCGAGCAGACAUGACAAAGAAAAUCCUGGGUUCUGAUGAGCUAACGGUGGGGGUGCCGGCAUUGUCCCGCCAAAAAAAAUUGUAUUGGACAGAAAAUUAAUAAAUUGUUGAUUGACAUAGCUUGUUUGUUCAAGAUGGCUAAAUAUUAGCCUCAUUCGUGGUUGCGUUUUAUGUUCCUGACUUCGUCUCAGUCUAGAAAAAUGGAAAACAAAAAUCUUGGCAAAUACUCAGCCAUCUUGUACCCUGCGAGCAGAGGCUACAUUUUCGCGAAAACGUAGCCUCUGCUCGCAGGGUUAUUCAUCUUGCAAACGCCUGUUUAAGGCACCCGAAUUGUCCGUUUUU